CCAAUCUCUUUCUGUCCGAAUCCCUCACACCCGAAAAAGAAUAAGCAAAAAAAAAAAAAAAAGAGAGGAAAGAAUCCACUUCACUCCAUCUCUGUCUCCUUAGCGUCUUCUGCAAUGCAGUGAGACAAAACACCGAUUCCAAUUUCAUCAACGCCUUUUUCUUCCUUUCUCUCUCGAAUUCGUGGGUUCCUCUUUUUUUUUGGGGUUUUUUUUGUUUGGUUUCUUAUCUUCUGGGUUCGUUAGGGUCUUCAUUGCCUCAGAAGCUGAAAAUGGUUGUACCCACCGAUCAGGAGGGUUGUGAUUAUACUCGUUGUUCUUGCUUCAGUUCGAGCUCUUGCUAUGGCUUCUGUUGACGAAACCCUAAAUGCUCAGCCAUGGGAAAGGCCGAAGAUGAUCGGAAUCUGUCGUCCGGCGUCGCUGUCACCGGAGAAGAAUCCGGUGGCUCCUCGGAGGGAAAUGCGCGGAGACGCGGCGGCGGCUGCGGUUGCGGUUGCGGUUGGAUCUCGGGGCUUGUCGGGUUCAGAUGUCUCUUCGUGCUGAUUCUCGCCAUCGCCUUGUCUCUCUCUGCUCUGUUUUGGUUGCCUCCGUUCCGUUACGACACAGAUCCGAAGGUUUCAGAUCUCGAUCCCAGGUUUAGAGAUCAUGAAAUAGUAGCAAGUUUUCGCGUCAAGAUGCCGGCUUCUUUCCUGGAUCGAAGUAUUUCUCAGCUCGAGGACGAUAUCUUUCAGGAGAUGAGCUAUGAUUCCAUCAAAGUAACUAUCUUGUCUGUUGAGCCUUGGGUUGGAUCGAACACAACGAAGGUCAUGUUCGGGAUUGACCACGACGUGAAACACCAGGAGAUAUCUCCUCUGUCUUUGAAUUCUAUCAGGGAAAACUUUGAAUCUUUUCUGAUAAAUCAACCCCCUCUCCAGCUAACAAAAUCCUUGUUCGGGGAACCGUCCCUUUUCGAAGUGCUGAAGUUCCCGGGAGGAAUUACAGUGAUUCCACCGCAACAAGCAUUUGUUCUGCAGAAAUCCCAGAUUCUAUUCAACUUCACCCUUAACUUCUCUAUUUACCAGAUUCAGAUAAAUUUCGAUGCUCUUACCAGUCAACUAAAGAAGGGUCUGAAUCUAGCACCGUACGAGAACUUGUUUGUGAGCUUGUCGAACUCGGAUGGAUCAACAGUGUCUCCACCGACAAUCGUUCAUUCCUCGGUUCUGCUUAGAGUUGGGAAUUCGAGGCCGAGGGUGAAGCAGCUGGCCGACACCAUCACUGGGUCCCGCUCGAAAAACCUCGGUCUGAACCAUACCAUAUUCGGUAAGGUCAAGCAAGUUCGUCUCUCCUCCAUCUUACCAAACAGCACCAGUGACAGAGGCACUAACUCUCCUGCACCUUCCCCUCUUCCCCAUGGCCACCACCACCACCAUGACCAUCACCAUCACCAUCCCCAUGAUCAUCCCCAUCACCAUCUUAGCCCUUUUACGGCACCCUUGAUUUCACCAGCACCUGCUGCCAAAAGAGGAUCACAUACGAAAGCUCCAUCCUCACCUCCGCCCUGCCAAUUCGGGAAUAGAAGACGAAAAAGAGGAAAUACCCGGGUGAGAUAUCCUCAUUUGGCUCCUGCUCCAGAACCGUAUCUCUCUCCUCGGCCUCCUGCCCUGCCCCCUCAUCAAUGGCUGCACCUGCCAGCACCAAACCCUGCGGCGAAUUCUCGUCUAGUCCCGAGCCCUUCCCCUUUGCCACAUGUGUUUGCUCAUUCUCAACCGCCGGCCGAAAGCCAAUCAAGUGAUCAGCAUUCGGACAAAGUUGCACCGAUCUCGCCAUCACCCUCUUCAUCAAAUGCGGGUUCGUCAGCCGUCGAAUGGACCAUCGUCUUGCUCGUCCUGGUGGCUGCAGUGGCAUGAAGGGGGUUCUAUAUGUGUCUUGUAAGUUAUAGAUGAAAAGUUUUCUGAAAUCAAGCCAAGUGUAUAAACGAAUUCAGAUGAAACCGGAAGAGGCCUUGUUAUGGGUAUGUGCCACACAAAAAGAGUGUGUGCCCCCCCACUGAAUGUACAUAAUCCAUCAAAAUUUUAAUAUUAUGACCAAUGUUACUGUCA